GCGCAAAGAAGCGUCAAACGUCAAAGUCAGCAUGGGCGGGAACUGGCGAAGCAAAAUAGCGGGUAAUAAAUUGCCCACGAAACUCCCCUCUCCUUCAACUUUUCGACCCCCCUAUAUAACAAUGGAGGUGCUGCUGAAUUGCCCACUUCGCUUCGUCCAAUUGGAAAGCCGCCCUCGUAAAAAAAUUUCGAGCUUUCAAGGAGUAAUCUUCGUUCUUCAGAAGAUGGGAGACCGAUCGGCGCCGUCGCGGGUGCCGCGGGUGGCGGUGGUCGUGUUCUUGCUCAAGGGUAGAGCGGUGCUCUUGGGCCGCCGUCGGUCCGCCGUCGGCGACUCCACCUUCGCACUCCCAGGCGGCCACCUCGAAUUCGGGGAGAGCUUCGAGGAGUGCGCCGCGAGAGAAGUGGAGGAAGAGACGGGCCUCAGGGUCGACGGAGCGGAGCUCCUGACGGUGACCAACAACGUGUUCUUGGAAGAGCCCACGCCGGCGCACUACGUCACCGUGUUCGUGCGGGCGCGCUUGGCCGAUCCCGAGCAGGAGCCCCAGAACCGGGAGCCCGACAAAUGCCACGGGUGGGGCUGGUACGACUGGGACAGCCUCCCCGCGCCGCUGUUCUGGCCGCUCGGGAGGAUGGUCCGAAGCGGGUUCGAUCCCUUCCUCUGCCCAAGCCUCGCUAGAAGCUGAAGAGUGAUCAAUUUGAGUCGCAUUUUGAUGCCAAAUUUAUAUGAUGAUGUUUUUGAUUAGUGAGUUAGGUGGUCAUUUGGGAGUCUUUCGCGGGGUUGGAUGAGAUCCUUCGUUUCAUAGCCAAAGUAGUAUGCUUUGCUUCUUUUUAGGUUUGAACGUAUCUUCAUGUGUCAUCUUGGAUUGAUGAAGUUUCCCUCUGUUUCGCUCGAUGGUUACGGUUACAAUGCAAAGACAUCUUAAAGAGAUUA